AUGAAUAUUUUAAGACAAAUUCCACGAACUGAUCAAGCUCUUCAUGAUAUUUUUGAAAAAUGUUCAGAUUAUUAUCAAUCAAACACUGCUGAAUUGAGAAAAAUUGAAGAAUUCCGAAUGACAUAUACGAUGGACAAGGCUGCUGAAUGGUACACAACCGAUUCAUUCGUCUAUCGGUUAAUCAAUAAAGCAUUGAGAACAGAAGAUAUUGAACUUCUUUAUUUAUUCAGAUUCUAUAUUGUCGAUUUAUGUUCACAAUUAGAUCAAGAACAUAAAAAACUUCUUUCCACACAGAUACUAACAUUAUAUCGUGGACAAAUAAUGUCAAAAGAAGAAUUUGACAAGUUGCAAAGAAGUAUUGGUAGUUUAAUAUCGCCAAAUGGAUUCUUUUCAACUUCAAGAUACCUCAGUGUGGCAAUAAGCUUCAUUGCCGGUCGUUGCAAUAUGGCUGAAGAAAGAACUGUGCUAUUUGAAAUUACUGCUGAUUCUCGACUUGAAUCCGUUAUUUUUGCUGACAUUGAUACAUACAGUCGAAUGUAA